GGGCGUGUGCCAGGCUGCAGGUUUCUGGGGAUCACUUCACUUAUAACGGACAGCGGGUGUUUCUGUCUGGGGGAAACCUACCCUGGAUCAACUACGCCUAUGAUUUUGGUAACGGACAAUGGGCUGGAGUCAAAGCUCGCGCGGAAGAGCAGUUUAAGCUGCUUAGUGAGGCCGGUGGUAACUCUUUGAGACUGUGGAUCCACAUCCAGGGAGAAACUAGCCCUAAUUACGACAGCAACGGUAACGUCAUCGGCCUUGACGCGAAAGGGACCUUCAUCGACGACUUCAAGGACCUGCUAAACCUGGCCAAAAAGUAUAACAUCUUCGUCUUCCCUACCCUGUGGAACGGUGCCGUCAACCAGGACGGACAAAACCACCUUAACGGGCUGGUCACCGACGCCAAGAAGCUGCAGACCUACUUAGACAAGGCCCUGACCCCUCUGGUGCAGGCGGUCAAAGGUAACCCAGCUCUGGGAGGAUGGGACAUCAUCAAUGAAAUAGAGGGGAUGCUGAUUCCAGGCCGAGAUGUGUCCGAGAAGUGCUACGACACCAAGGUGCUGGCCAACAGCGGUGUGGGCUGGGCCGGGCAGAAGUACAAGUACGAGGACGCUCUUAGAUUCAUCAACUGGCAGGCGGCGGCGAUCAAGACUGCAGACCCCGGAGCUCUGGUCAGCGUGGGUGUCGCUAACCCCAUCACAAACACGGAUCAGUUCGGGAGAAUCAACCACUACACGGACGAGUGCCUGAUCAAAGCAGGCGGCAAGUCGAACGGAAAGCUGGACUUCUGGCAGUUCCACUCCUACGACUGGCAGGGCAACUUUGAUGACGUGGCUCCCUUUAAGCACUCGUAUGCCGACUACAAAACGGACAAACCUAUCGUGAUCGGGGAGUUCUGGGAGAAACAGGGAGGCGGUAUGAACAUCAACCAACUCUUUGACUACAUCUACAACCACGGCUACGCUGGCGCCUGGAGCUGGGAUCUGGUAAACGAGGGCGGCAACCAAAGACCCGGCAUUGCCCACAUCAAGAGUUACACCAAGAACGGGAAAAUCCCCGUCACCAUUUCAUAG